AGUCUCUCCUACUCAAAUCAUCCCUCACGUCUCUCACACUUACAUCCAAGUAGCACUUGCCGAUUGAGCCAACCAGUUCAGAAGAUCGCCACCUAGGAACAAGAAGGUCCACAGACCUUCGAAUCCGGCAAUUGAAGAGCCAGUUCGACAACUCUCGAUCUCCAUGGCAACAUCACUGGUGGCAUCCUCUCCGAUCGUGUCAACUGCUUCGAUGCGGACGAGUUCUGAAGCUUUCAGUUCCCCACGCGGAGUUGGAGCUAAUGUUGGGUCUCAGUCAGGGUCUCUGCUGUCCACCACUCUGCAACGGCCUGUCUUCAACCAAUCCACAGAUGCCAACAAAUCUCUUCGUAUGUCUACACAGAGAGUAUGUGUUACGUCUGAUCUUGAGGCGCCAAACCUGAGGAUUAAUGUCCCGAAAAAAUCAUCUAACAAGUCAGACAUUUCCAAUCCCACGGAAGUGUUGCUGGAGAAGUUUGCUGCAAUGGGACCGCCCAAUGACACGGAGCUCUCUCGUAUGAAUGAGGCAGCUGAUCGGCUGUUUCUGUGGGACGACGUCCCCAAGCUAGUGACGGAGCAGACGUUCACGGUUUAUGAGCUGAACGAAUUUGACCGAGACAGCCCUGCUUUUCUGGAACUGAGUCGGCAAACCGUGAACAGGGUUGAUCCAAACACAGGGGAUCAUAUCAAGGCACUCGGUGACCAAGUUCCCUUCACGAACAAGCUGUACAAUUCAGCAUUGGAGAUGAGGCUGGGUAUCACAACAGGAAUCUGCUUACACAUGAAAAACUAUCCAGGGAGAGGUGCGCCUGAAUUACAUAGCUUGCCAUUCUUCACGUCAGACCACUACGAAACCAUCAUGUCGUGGUACUUCGGCGACAUGGGCCACAUCAGCGGCAUGGGUCCAUUCAUAAAUUUCCAGGACACGCUCAUGGGCAUCACUGGAGGAACAGGAUUCUUCGCAGAGGCCAGAGGCGUCGUUCGCCUGCAUCCCAUCACCCCCUUCAAAUUCAUGUACACCUUCACCCUUUCGGGCAUCCCAGAGCUGCCCGGAUUCCUCACGAAGGAGCUUGCGCCGCCCCAUUUCGAAGUGGAAUCCCAUCCAGAUGCUUUGAAGUGCAAGAGUGAGUCCGUUCUCCCCAACUACACCGACUAGAAUCGAUCCCAUCUUACAGCACACAACUCACUCUGCCUGGUUCUUCUGUUUCAGUGCAAACAUUGCACAGUUCUGCACUGCGUCCUUCAUGACUGAUAGCUCAACAUCAUCGCUCCAAAGAUUCAAACCCACUUUUAUUUGUUGGAAGCGAGGAUGAAGUUCGAACACAAAUGCUCAUGAACAGCCAGUCCAGUCACACGCAAUUAACUUGGCUUCCACUGACUCUAUUGUGUCAACUAUUUCUAGCAUAGUUUCUGUUUUCCUUUUGUGUGGCAUUCAGUUUGGCAGUUUCUUAAUAUUAGAAGUAAGUGAACUGAGAGUUUUUGAUAGAUAAAUAUAAAUUUAUUAUUAUUAUUAAAAUGUGUGUACAUUGGUUUUACCCUGUCUAGAGAGGAGCGACUGAUUAAGUCGUGCCCCCUUGAUAGGGUGCAACAGGGAGCAACGUUUCAAUCGCUUUGUUCGCUAUGUUUGGUUACUUGUGCGAUUGUUUCCAACACGGCCGUUUAACCAAAGCAACACAAACUAGAGGUUUCUCUUCCAAGCAAACCAAGCAUUGGUAAAUGCUGGGCAAGCUUUGGCCCAGAGAGUGACUUCGUGAGGAUGUCAAUAUGCAUUGUAGAUGUGGGGCAGUAUUGAAACACGACCUUUUAUUGCGUGGCGAGCUGUCUUAUGAAAUGAUAGCGGAUAGAGAUGUGCUUUAAGUGGGAAUAGAAACGAAGGUCUAGGUGCCAUUGACUGUAUGGAAAUAGAAUUCAUCGACUAUGGCAGAUUGUUAAUGGUGGCGCUCGAAGAAGUUCAUGCCCUACGCAUAGGAAGCCGGUUCUAGUGGUACCGCAACAAGAGUGAGGAGGGCUCUAUGUUUGCAAGAAGGUUGAGAGGGAGGAGACCGCGGCCGAAAAGAACUAAGGUCGU